AUGAGUAACACAAUCCGACCUGAUGAAUCGGCAGUAAUUAAUUCUAAUAGAACACCAUUAAGAAGAUUAUGCGAACAUUCUGGAAAGCGAAGAUUAAUUUGGAUAGUAGUUUUUAUUAUCUGUAUUGUUGUAAUUACAGUUGUUGUAACAACUACUGUUCUAUUGACGAGAACUGGAAGAGAAAAAACGACAACUACAACAACAACAACAACAACAACAACAGCAACAGCAACAACAACAACAACAACAAUAACAACAACAACAAGGAGAUGGUUUUCUACUGGUAAUAUGACUACUGCACGAAUUUACCACACAGCAUCUGUAUUAUCAAAUGGAAAAGUAUUAGUUACUGGCGGAAACUACGGUGGCGCUUUAAAUAGUGCUGAGCUGUAUGAUCCAUCAACAGGUAUUUGGACAACUACUGGUAGCAUGCAUAAUGCACGAGAAGUUCAUACAGCAUCUGUAUUAUUAAAUGGAAAAGUAUUAGUUACUGGUGGAGAUAUCAAUGGCGCUAGUUCUUUAAAUAAUGCUGAGCUCUAUGAUCCAUCAACAGGUAUUUGGACAACUACUGGUAGCAUGCAUAAUGCACGAGAAGUUCACACAGCAUCUGUAUUAUCGAAUGGAAAAAUAUUAGUUACUGGCGGAAGAAAAAUUGUUCAUAAUGGUUCUUUAGAUAGUGCUGAAUUGUAUGAUCCAUCAACAGGCACUUGGACAACUACUAGUAAUAUGACUAUUACACGAGCACACCACAGUGCAUCUGUAUUAUGGAAUGGAAAAGUAUUAGUUACUGGUGGAUGGAAUGGAAAUAUUGCUUUAAAUAGUACUGAAUUGUAUGAUCCAUCAACAGGUACUUGGACAACUAGUGAUAACAUGAAUAAUGCACGAUAUUAUCACACAGCAUCUGUGUUAUCCAAUGGAAAAGUAUUAGUUACUGGUGGAAAUGGUAUUGGUAGUAUUUUAAAUAGCGCUGAGCUGUAUGAUCCAUCAACAGGUACUUGGACAACUACUGGUAACAUGACUAUUAAACGAGAGUUUCACAUAGCAUCGGUAUUGUCGAAUGGAAAAGUAUUAGUUACUACUGGAGAUACCGAUAGUUUUAGUCCUUUAAAUAGUGCUGAGUUGUAUGAUCCAUCGACAGGUACUUGGACAACUACUUGGAACAUGAUUAGUGCACGAGAGUAUCACACCGCAUCUGUAUUGACGAAUGGAAAAGUAUUAGUUACUGGUGGACGUGGUAGUAGUUUUAAUGUUUUAAAUAGUGCAGAAUUAUAUUAA